CGUGUUAAAUUACUGGAUAUAUUGAUAAAUAACUGAUAAAAAUUGUUCUAAAUUUGAAUCGUUUCUUUCUUUAUCUCGUUUCCUAAGUGGUUUUAGCGAAUCAAAUGCGUGCCGUAUCUGACAUGGGUGUAUGCGAUUAGACGGACUUUAUUUUUAUAUGGUCGUUUGUGGCGCGUGGUGUUGUGAUUUGUGAUAAUGUAUUGUUGAUGUGGUUCUAUUGAAAUAAUUUUAGUUUGGCUGUUCUUUUUAUAACUUUAUGAUUGUUGGUGUCAAAAAUAUAACAAUAUUUUUAAAUAUUUAUCGCUGGUUUUUUAUUGCAUGACAAGAACACCAGGAUAUCAGAAUGUACGAAUGUUUUCUCGAGAUAGCGUUCGAAGCGGAAUUAAACACUAAAGAGGAUCCAGAGCUGUUGGCUGUGGCACCUGAAAUAUGCAACGAGAAUCCAGCUACCAGGGCGACAGCCAUCACAGAGUUGAGAAAAAUGAUAUUUGAACGCGGAGAAUGCAAACCACACCGGACAGAUGACGCAUUUCUCUUGAGAUAUCUUCGAGCAAGAAACUUUAUUGUCCCGCGCGCACAUAAACUUCUAGUCAGAUACUGCUCAUUCCGGGAAGAGUACCCGCAUCUGUACAAGGGUGUAGAUUUGUGGAGCCUCAUGAAGGUGAAGGAUGCCUACGAAGGUACUUUGCUCGACAGGCCGGACGUUGGUAGACUGUCGAUAUUCAGAUUUGGAACAUGGGAUCCCAGUGACUUCAGUGUGGAGGAUUUAGUGCGAGCAGGAAUGGCGAUAACGGAGAUCGGUAUACGGCAACCAAAGAUUCAGGUCCUCGGUGGAACAGUCAUCGUUGAUAUGGAAGGAUUGACACUGCGACACGUGGCGACUCUAACGCCAACCAUAGCCUACCAGAUCGUGUCCUUGAUGGGGAUGUCAUGUCCAGCACGACUAAGGAGCUGCCACAUCAUUAAUUACUCCUGGAUACUAAACACAUUCUUCUAUUUAUUCAAGAAGUUCAUACCGCAGCAGGCAUGGGACAAAAUUUUCUUCCACGGUAGUGAUUUGAAGUCACUCCAUCAGCAGUUAGACCCUGCUUGCCUCCCAGCGAGGUACGGUGGCACGUGUCGAAACCAUGUCUCCAUUGGUAAAUGGUUACAGAAGAUUAAAAAAUAUCGUGAUGAACAGUUUGAUAAAGAAAUGAAGGCUUUAGGUUAUGUCAUUAAGGAAUAAAGUGUGGUUACACAAAGUUCCUUUGAAAAAAUAAAUGUGAUAAUACAAUUUUAAGAAUACUGUGUGCGUCAUGAUGUUAUUAGAAAAAUAUUACGUAUCUUUUAUGUUAAGGUAUAAUAAGACUAAGCUGUGAUUGUAUUUAAGUGAUUUUUACAAGCAGUUAAUCCUAAUCGAUAUAAUAUUACGGAAUGGUUUUUAGUAGUGACAAAUUUUGAGACAUAUAGUUUUAAUUAUUUUAAUAAAUGGAAUAAAUUAUUUUUGUACUUUA